GCGUAAUUUGGCGCGGUUUCUCCAUGUGAUGUAGAUCGAGAGCAAGAAGCUGACAUUCGACACCGUUUCAACAUAACACGCAAGCAGGGAUACUUCAUAAAGAAGGCAAGAAAAUGAGCAGCCAAGACAAUUCCAUGGAUCUCUCAUUGAGCAGUUUCUUUGGGAGCAGAUCUUCGCAAGGUAGUCCUGUGUCUUCUGAUUCAUUAUCUGAAGGUUUGCAAGAUACAUGGACAGAGAGAAAUACUGUACUGAAGUGCAACAAGUACAUGUUGCUGAAUAAAGUAGCAUGUGAUGUCACUUUCCUUGUGGGUGCCAAUAGCACGCCCAUUAAAGCCCACAAGUACGUGCUGGCCAGCCGGAGCCCGGUAUUUUUUGCCAUGUUUCUUGGACCUGCAAAGGAAUCGUCCAAUGAAAUCACAGUGCCUGAUAUUGAAGAUUGUGUAUUUGAGAAAUUUCUAAGGUACCUUUACUUUGAAGAUGACAAGAUCCUGGAUGGUGAUAAUGUCUUGCAUGUGUUGUAUGCAGCUAAGAAAUAUUCCAUAAAAGGUUUGGAGUCCAAAUGUGGAGAAUUUCUCAUCCAUAACCUCAACACAGAGAAUGUUUGUGUUAUUCUAGAGAGCUCUCACACCUUUGGUAAUAGCAGUAUGGAAGAGAAAUGUGUACAGUUUAUAUUGAGAAAUGGUGACGGAGUUUUGCAGUCCCCCUCUUUCCCCGACCUCUGCAGGAAAUGUGUGACAACGAUCAUUUCUAGCAAAAAUCUGGAAGCAGAAGAAGCUGUUGUGUUUAAGGCUGCCGUGAAAUGGGCCGGAGCCGUUUGCUGCAAAAAAUGCAUCAACCCUAGUGACAAGAACAUUAGGAAAGUCCUGGCUGAUUUAUUGUUUAAGAUUCGAUUUCCCAUAAUGCAGUUGUCAUUCUUUGCAGAUAAGGUGGCUUCUGGUAAUAUUCUGACACAGAAGGAGAAAGUUGUUUUGUAUGAAUAUCUGUGCAGGUCUGAUACCUCAGAUUCAAAUUUAGAGCUUCCAUUCAGUGUAGAAUAUAGGAAAAAGAAGAGUUUUCUCAUUUGCAAGCGAUUCAAUAGCUUGUCUGCAAGUUGUGAAUGGGAGAACGUGGGGCGUGAGAAUUCCAUUGAAUUUUCCUGCACUAGAGCAAUUUGGCUGCAUGGUAUUUUAAUGUAUGCAACAGUUACAAUGGCUACCUGUCAAAACUCAGUAGUGGUUAGAAAUGAACAGGGAGAAGUUCUGUACAACUCGGAUGAAAAAGCAAACAUGAGAAAAGAAGUUGUAUCAUCAAAGUCAUAUAAUCUUUUCUUUGGGGAAAGACUAAAGAUUCAGCCAUUGAAAUUCUACAAAAUUUCAGUCAAAAGCGUUGGUCCCAAGAGCUACUAUGGAGGGGGAGGAAAACAUUUCGUGUCAUGUGGUCCAUUCAGAUUCGAAUUUCGGGACAGUGGCACAGGGAAAAAUAUUUUAUCGUCCACUGCAGAACAACCCGGUAACGUGAAGGAAACCAACCAAUCCUCUGGCCAGAUCCCGGGAAUCAUAUUCUCCAGCUGGUUGUAAGGUCAAAUCCCUGUAGGUGAAGUCUGGAAAUUCCCAUAGGAUCAACAUAGAGGUAAAUCUGAAGAAGGUUCAACACAGAUAUUUCUCAUGAAAACUUAGCAACCAGUAAUACAGUCUUGCAUGUAGAAACGGCAAAAAGUCAAUUAAGGCAUUGUGAAUCCAUUUUAAGAAAUAAGGAUAUUUUCAAGUGACUUUCAACUAAAAAUUGAGAUGUCCAUUAUAAAUCAUAAGGGUACUUCACUGAUAGCAAAAUCCUUUUAAAAAAAAUGAAAAAGCCCUUCUGAUAAUUCUCAAAUUUUAAGGCAACCCUCAUAAACAAUGUUAUAAAUUGAUCUAUUAUAAGAUUGUUAAUAUUUAUAGCCAGUUUUGAUUAUUUAAGGAUGUUUAUUGAAUGGAAGAACAUGUGAAUUCAUUUCAAAGGCUUUAUACUUUGGUUUUUUUUGGACAGAUUUGUUUAUGAAAACAGACUGACAAUUUCAUUCAGAUUGUUCAGUGUUUUAAUUAGUGCUUUUAUCUUUGCAGCUUUGUUGAAUCUAUGCAUAGUUGAUUAUAGUUCCUCAUUAAUGUUAAAAUGUUGUAGUUGAAUAUUUUAUAUUUGCAUGUUGAGACACUGUUACAUGUAUUUGACAGUAUUAUGCAAUCAUUUUACUCUGUGUUUCAAUGUUAAUUUUUUUUUAAUGCCACUACAAUUUUUUAAGUUUUCAUGCAAUCAUGUAUAUAAAUUUAAUGCUUAAGAUUUGGUAGUUUACAAAUAGUUU